ACAACAACAACAACAACAACAAGCAUCAUCAACAACAACAAGAACAACAAGAACAGCACCAGCAACUGCGUCAAGUGCGAUGGCAGCCAUUAAUACGGUACCAAAGAGCAUUCAUCUGCCAUUGACAAGUCUAAGCACGCCACGUGUGUUGAUGUGCAGUGCCUCUGUGGGCACUGAGGGUUCCGUGACACUUCAGCUGAGAGAUGCGAGCGCCUUGGAUGCGGUAGCUACAAUUAGCAAAUCAACAACAACGGCCACAGCGGUCAGCCAAACAAAUGGCGUCACAGCAACAGCAGCAACAACAGUGGCAACAGUGGCAACAACAACGACCUCGGCGUCGUCGGCAUUAGAAAAUGCAUUGACCAUUGGCUAUCCGGAUCCGGAAAUGUUGGCUGAUGUUUUGGGAACCAUACAGACAGCCUCGCUCAAAAAUAACCACAAUAGCGCAGCAGCAGCAGCAGCAUCAGCAACUCAAAGCAAUACAGCGACCGUAAACGUAGCAACAACGACUGGCAGCCAUCUCAGCAAUCCCAACAAGAUAACGAUAACGCGACGCACCACAAACGCCACGAGUAGCAGCAACAACCACAUUAGCGGUGGUAGCAGUAGCGGCAGCAACAGGAUAACUGUCCAAACGGUCUCCACCUCCACAAACACCAGCAGCAAGACAAACACCAGCUACAUCAAGAACUGUCUGAUUCGCAGCAGCAGCUGCAGCAAUACAGCCACCAAUGUCACCACAUUGGCGCAGAUUAUGAGCAACAGCAGCACGAGCAGCGCAGCCAGUCUCCUCAAUCAGCACAACAAUAACAGCAACUGCAGCAACAGCAGCAACUUCAGCAACGCCUCAUCGGUCGGCAGCAGUGUCAGCAUUGCCAGCAGCAACAGCAACGGCAGCAGCAGCAACAGCAGCAGCAACGACAGCACUGUCAGUAGCAGCAAUCAUAGUUUGAGUUUUAAGAGCAACGGUAAACAUGUUCCUGGCGUUAGCGUAACAACAACUGCAACAACAACUACAGCAUCCACAGCAUCGGCAGCCACAAACACACCAACAGCGGCGGGCAGCGGCGCACCCAAGAAGAGCCGCCCAAAAAUAUCCUCCCCGACCCGCCACGGACCACAACAGUGUCAGAUUUGUAGCAAGAUUUUUGGAAAUGCCUCGGCGCUGGCCAAGCACAAACUGACGCACAGCGACGAACGGAAAUACAUUUGUACGCUCUGCUCGAAGGCAUUCAAGCGACAAGAUCACCUAAACGGACACAUGAUGACCCAUCGGAACAAAAAGCCCUACGAGUGUAAGGCGGAGGGUUGCGGCAAAUCCUAUUGUGAUGCGCGUUCCCUUCGCCGCCACACCGAGAAUCAUCAUGGCGGCAUUGUGACGCCCUCGAACCAGUCGCUCUCACCCACCACCAACUCCAGUGGCGGCAGUAGCAGCAGUGUGGCCACCAGCUCGCUAAGCCUCUCUCCGGCUACAGCAAGUGGCGAUGCCAGCUCCCCAGAUGGCGCCACCUGCAUUCGCACCUACAUCUCUUCGGGCGGCACGGUCGUGGAUGCUGCGACAGGUAUCGCGCUUUCCGAGGAGCAAAUCAAAGCCAUGAACUUGCCCGUAAAAACAGGCGUUACGCUGCUUUCGCCCACAACGUCGACGUCAUCGAAUGCAUCGUCCUCAUCUUCGUCGUUAUCCUCAUCCUCGAGCAGCGGCCCUCUGCUCGCCAGUUCGCCCACUAUUACGCUCAGCGAUGGCGCCACGCUCGAGGGUGAGGGGUUGACGCGUGAGCAGCUGGACCUCAUUAGCAAGAUAAUGCAGCAGACUAAGCAGACCAGCGCUCAAGUCACCGUGUCGUCCCCAACUAGCGUCAAUUCCUACAAGAUAAAUACGGAGACGGCGCCAACACAGUCCCGACCGCGCACCUGGAACAUGCAACUGCUGAACAACAACUCACAAAAUGUCACUGUAACUGUUGAGGAUGGCGCUGAUUUGCUUGCCACGUCCACUGCUUCGCCCGUGGAUGUCAAGGAUGACGACCUUAGUCAGCAGUUAGUUGCUGCUAUUAAUCCGCACUUGCUUAAUAUUGUCAAGAUUGAGAAACCUGUCGAGUGCAAUCUUUGUCACCGUAAGUUCAAAAACAUACCCGCCCUCAAUGGGCACAUGCGUCUGCAUGGCGGUUACUUCAAAAAAGACCCCGAUACGAAACGAAAUGAGAAGAAGGACUCAAGUGGGCCGCCGUUGCAGACCGCCAGUAUAGGAGUGCGUGCGUUGAUCGAGGAGAAAAUCAUUAGCAAGCGCAAAGACAUAACUAAGGGUGCCUUCGUAGUUCCUGCACCACCCAGUAGCGUAGCCAACAACACGAGCAACACCAUUCGCCGAUCAAUUAGCGAUUUGGAGAGUUUUCUCAACCCCAAAGCCAGUAGCAGCAGCCUAAGUCAGACAUUGUCAAGCGGUACAACCACCACAACGGCGGUACUGCCGGCAGCCACCACUAUCAAAAGCAGUAACGGCCUGAGUAUACAGCAGAUUGGUCUUCCCCAGAGUAUUGAAAUAUUUAGCAGCCAGAAGCAACAAAAGACGCUGAACUUAGGCAGUGGUGCCAAUACCAUUACCAUCACCACCAACAAUGUACCUACUACGGCCACCAUGGGAUCGUUGGCAGCAUUGACAGGCAGUGGUCAGAAGAACGGGGGCGAUCCCAAGGACUCCACGCUCAUCGAGCUGUUGAAACGGGGCACCCGCAUAGCUGUAACUGCCAAGAAGACACAAACACAGACCCAAAUCCAGACUCAGACUCAGAACCAAGCACAAACUCAAACGCAAAGCAGUACAAAUUUGCUGAUGACCAGCACUAGCAGUGGAGCUACCAAUUCAGAUCUCUCUACUAUAACGACAACCCAAGCUGGGCGACAGAUCAUUACGAAUAAUAAUCGAACGGUCAUAAUACCGUCGGACGUGCAGGUGGUCUCCACUAAGACGAAACUGAGCAACAUGGGAAGCGUUGUAUCCGGGGUCAGUGGCGCACGAUCGUCAACGCCUGCUAGCAUCUCACUUUCUGAUGGUACCCCGCUCUCGCUGACCAUUGCGCCCAGCCACGAGAACAAUAGCGGUGGUGGUACCGGAGGGGGCGAUGUCUACACCGUUACCUACACCUCCGAUACAUCUGACCUGUUUGAUGAUGCCGAGGUGUACAAUGUGUCCGAUACGGAAAUGCUACUGCAGACCGUGGAUACAAUGGAGCUACUCAAUGACGAUGAUGUCUCGCACAUCAAAACCGAACAUUCCGAUGCCGACUUUGCGUUGAUCAGCGAUGCUGAUAACGCCCAACUGGUCAAGCUCGAGCCUGAGUCAAUUCACUGCAGUCAGACAACGGCGCUGCCCACCUUCCAGCAAUUCCAUUCCAAGGAGCUCAUUAUGCAAAACAGCUCCCAGAUCCAGGCCAUCGCUUCCAUGCGCAGCAGCAGCACCACGCUUAACCUGCCCGCCGACCUCAAACAACAGCUUGGUGUGCUAGCUUCGCCGCUGCACUCACCUUUGGCCUAUCCGACACCGCCUUCAAGCCACGAGAACGUGGCGCAAUCAUCACCUUUUAUUGAGGAUGCAGCCGCCCAGUUUGUGGACGCCAGCCAAACGUUCUUUGGCGACAAGACGGACUUUUCGCACGUCUACUUCAAGACGGACGAUCAGACCCAGCAGGAGCUUAGUGACAAUGAGAAAAUACUUAAGCUAAAGAGCGUGCUCGAGGAGAGUACUUUCGAUUCCUCGAUUAAGGUCGAGGAUCUACUCAAUAGCACAGAAGACGACACUGAGUGUGACUUACGCGAAUUCGCAGAGACGAAUCUCUCGUUCCUGGAUGAGGAUCAGGAGUUUCUUAAUGAUUCCCGUAAUGCCACGUCCCCAUUGUCCGAAUCAUUUUUCACAAGUGGCAUAGGAUCCGCUGACGAUGUCAAGCAGGUCCUACGUGAGGUGCUACCAGAUGAGAAUAUACAAUUGCAGAUGAGCAGCGAACAGCAAGGCGAAAAUAUUAUUGAUCUCUACUAUCUGCCCGGAUUAGGCCUUCAGUCCCAAAUGAUGCCCAAUUCUGAGGAUCCAUUGCUUUCUUCGUCGCCGCGGGAGUUUGGACAACAGCGACAGCUGCCCAUAGCACCUGUGCAGCCGGCGGAACAGCUACCGGAGCCACUCUACCACCAGCAGAUGCUUCAACAGCAGCAAACAGGUGGACAACCUCAAUUAGUAGAGGCUCAAGCGCAACAGCAGGACUUUAUGCUGCCACUUACAACUGCUUCGGGAGGAGGAUGUUCGGCUACAAAUGGAAUGCAAUUUGGCGCCGUCUCUAAUCUUCAGCCCGUACAAAAUCAGUCCCAGUUCUUAGAUCCCAGCAAUCAGCAGCCGAUGGCGCUCAACAAUCUUUUACAGCCCUUGAUAUAUAGUGGAGGCGGUGCCGUAGUCGGUAGCAGCUUUAGCGAUGGUGGCUUGGUCAGUAACAUUAAACAAGACAUCUCUGACGCAAAGGUCACCUUGCUGCCAGUCGAUUGCAAUGCCAAUGCUAAUCGAAUCGGUACAUCUGGACCUUUGGACAAUAGCAUGAUGUAUGUGGCCUGCAAUAACAAACCCCUUCUAUCGACUUUACCUGCCGUGGCUGUCGCUUCCACACCCGCGCCUAGCGCCACCGUGACGAACUUGCAACCACUUUCCAAUCAAACCAAUUCCAUACUUAAGCGACGGCUGCGACCUAAUGGCUCACAGGAUGCGCAUAAUUUCUCCAAAUUCCAUACGCUUUCGCCUCAUCGUUCCAAGCUACGGAAACCAUCACGGACGCAUUACACCCCAGCGCCGAUCCUCAAUCCGGACCGUAAAGGCACUGGCUUGUACUGCAAUGUGCGCAAGCAGCUUGGUCAGGGGUUGUUCGAUGUAUUCGACGACGACUUUGGAGAUCCUGUAGGACUCGUCGAUUUCUCCGAUGAGUCCAAGGUAAAUUUAGGCUCAACCUAUCAGGCACAAAUUCCCGCUUGUCGAGCAAUUCAAGAAUCAGCAGACGAGGUGUUGGGUGCCGAGCUUAUGUGGGAUCCUAGCGUGCAGACGGACGAAAAGAUACUAAUGCGCUACAUAGAUCUCAGCAAGUCUUCAGCCGUGCCCAUGGGCAGCCACUCUGAGGAGGUGGCGCUGCAAGCGCUGCUCAAGGCUCAAGGCAACUCGGCGGCUGCGGUUCUCACGCUGCUGCAGACCCAAUCGAGUGCCUUCCAAAUGAAGUGGAAUGCUCAAGAGCUGGAACUGUUUCUGCGCGGCUUAGAAAAGCAUGGCAAAGACUUUGGAAAAAUUGCUAAUGAACUUCUGACAAAGUCCUCGGGGGAUUGCGUGCAAAUGUACUACUUCUGGAAGAAACUGUGCGUGGACUAUAAGGUGUCGCAUUUGAAAAUGGAACCUGUGACACCCACGACACCGGUGGUGGAGCAGAAGCCCUAUGUCUGUGAGAUAGCCGAUUGUUCAGCGAGCUUCAGUUCCAAGGCGGCGCUGCAUGGGCAUGUGCGCAUUCACGCCUAUGGCAGAAACACCAGCAGCAACAACAAUCAGCAUGCCACUUCGAACAGUUCCAACGCCCCCAACAGCAUCAACAGUAGCAAUGCGAACAACAGCUACGCAGGCGCGCCUCUGGCCGGCAACAGCAGCAAUGCGAGUCAGGCACAAAUACACGCUAACAACAGUAGUAGCAUCAUCAACAACAACCACAGUAGCAAUGGCAACAGUAGCAACAACAACAAUAGCAAUGCCAAUAUUUCCAAUAGCGGAGGCAGCAACAGCCAUGCUGCCUCCACCACAUCCUCCGUGGCAAACAGCCAUGCGAAAGAACCCAACAAUUCCAACAAUGCCAAGGACGGCGAAUUCCCCUGCAAGGUGUGCGGCAAAGUCUUCAAUAAGGUCAAGAGUCGCAGUGCGCAUAUGAAGACGCAUCGUGUUCAGGAUCCCGAUCAGUCGCCCAAUACAAAGCAACAACAACAACAACAACAACAGCAACAACAGCAACAGCAGCAUCAUCAACCAUCGAGCUCCAGUUCCAGCUCCAACACGGCGUCCGCAUCAUUAGUAGCAUAGGGAUCGGAAGGACCUUAAUGCAGCCCCGGCAGUCAUACGUACAUAUAUUGACAAUCGCGUUAAGCAAGCAGAAAGCAUUGUUUACAAAUCAAAGCAAACUGUUAGAAUUUAAUAAUUAGCCCACUUCAGUUCACGCAAUUAAGUAGAGAAAUAAAUACAGAAGAAUUUAUCGUGUAAUAUAUAAUUACUAUUACUUACCGACAAUUUUAUGUACUCGUAAUAGUUGAUAAUAUUCUUCUCGAACCACACACAUUUACAAGUCUCUAUACAAAAGCACACACUCUUCUGUCUCUGAUCCUUCUGAUCCACAAGUCCUAGUCUAAGGUAUUACUAUAGCCAUGGAUUGGUAAAAGUUCAAAUUGAAUUGUUAUUACUGUAGUAGUCAGCGGCAUACCUAGAUACAUAUAUAAUACAUGUUUUUUCUGUUACACACACACACACACACGCAUACACACGUGCAUACGUACUAACAACGUAUACCCUUACAUGCAUACAUAUGUAUUUUUAUAGUAGACGUUUUUUCUGCUCAACUCACUAAACUCGACUCGACUGUAGGCUUACUCUAAUCCAAUAGUAGCAUGUACUUAUACUUACAACUACUACUGUUAACUACACAUACAAGAAGUUUUUCUACUCACAUUCACACACACACACACACUCAGAGGUACACUCAAACCAACACCAACACCAACACGCACACCCACACUUACACUCACACUAAUACUUUACUAGUGCGAUAAAUGUUUAGUGAUUAAGAAAAUGUCUCCAUACAUUAUAGCUUAGGCGUAAAUACUAAAUAUACGAUACAUGGAUAUAUGAUUGUUGUUCUAGUUUUAAAAGCGCAAGGCAGCAACUCCAGGUAGUUGAAAUUUUACUUAUUAUACUUACUAUUUAACUACACUACUAUUGUACUUACUAAUUGUACUUAUACAUACUAUAUACAUAAAUGGCUAAACGGAAAAACAAAACGAAACCAAACCAAACAAAAACUAAAAUUGAAAAUCUAGUGAAAUCAAGUGAUAUUGAGUGAGAUCAAAAAACGAUUUUAGCUAAACAUACAAAGUGAAACUCAAAUUGAAAAUUUUAACUUUUAACACUGAGAAUUGUAAGCUGUACGUUGUAAUUGUAAAUAUAGCGAGAAGUACAUAGAGACUAAGUCCAGAUAAUUUUAAAGUUACCCUGAAUGCAUAAAAGACAUUACAAGUAAUUCAACGCGCACACACACACCCACACACACACACACACACACCCACACACACACACACAUA